CUGCACUUUUUCAGUCGUCGAGUACUUGGAGUAAGUUCCGGUAUUGAAGUAACUGGUGAAAUUCGAUGGGAUUUAGCAUUCUAUUUAUUUUUAGCCUGGACAAUUUGCUAUUUGUGCAUCUUCAAAGGUGUCAAAUGGACUGGAAAAGUAGUUUAUAUAACAGCACUGUUCCCGUACUUGAUGCUUUUUUGUCUGCUGAUAAGGGGUCUUACGCUGGAAGGCGCUAAUGUUGGCUUGGAAUAUUAUUUAAGUCCAGAUUUUACAAAACUACAAGAAAGUAAAGUAUGGAUUGAUGCUGUAACACAGGUGUUCUUCUCCUACGGGCUUGGCCUUGGUGCGCUGGUAGCCCUUGGAAGUUACAACAACUUCUCAAACAACGUUUACAUGCAAGCACUAACUGUAUGUUUUGUAAACAGUGGUACCAGUGUAUUUGCUGGUUUUGUGGUCUUCUCUUUUAUUGGGUAUAUGGCAACGCAACUUGAUAAAUCGGUUGAAGAGGUUGCUCAGUCGGGUCCUGGACUGCUAUUUCUGGCUUAUCCGUCUGGAAUUCUACAGUUACCAUACACACAUAUCUGGUCAAUAUUAUUCUUUACAAUGGUUCUCUUCCUCGGAAUUGACUCGCAGUUUUGUACCAUGGAGGGUUUCUUUACUGCAAUAAUUGACGAGUUUCCCGAAAUGAUUCGCGGCAAAAACUACGGUCGAGAAAUAUUCAUACUUAUAGUUUGUGUUAUUAGUUAUCUUCUUGGCCUUUCUACAGUUACUCAGGGUGGCUUUUAUGUCUUCCAACUGUUCGAUUUUUACGCUGCUUCUGGGUCAGCGUUGUUAUGGCUUCUGUUUUUUGAAUGCAUAGCUGUCUCAUGGAGUGUUGGUAAGUCUGCAAAAUUUUCACAUUCAAGGAUGACUUUUACUGCAAUGAUUGGGUAUUAUCCAAGCCGAUGGUGGAAAUUCUGUUGGGUUUUCGCCACUCCUGCAGUUUGUAUGGGCGUCUUCAUCUUUGGUAUAGUCAAGUACGAACCGCUUCGAAUUGCUGCUUACAAUUACGAUUAUCCCUUGUGGGGUCACAUUUUAGGAUGGUUUUUAUCACUGUCGUCUAUGCUCUGCAUACCUGGUUAUGCUCUUUACUUAUGGAUCUCAACAGAAGGUUCAUUUUUUGAGAAGUUUGAGUUACUUUUUCGACCAAACGUUGAACUGGAAGGAGUAAGAGACCAGUAUGCUCUUGGUGUAGAGCUAUUCACUUUUGAUUGACG